GAGGAUUCGAGCAUUAAAUUAGACUCCCAAGCAUGCAACAAGGAUUAUAGCAAAAAGGUCCCAUCGUAGCUUGUAUAACGAGCCUGGCCAUAUAUCGCCCUUCCAGCUCUUUCUGACGUUUCAGUGCUCCGUUUAUAUAUCUUUUUGUCCCUCAUUUUGGCCGGUGCGAAAGUAUCGCCAUUCUUCAAAGAUGGCUCCAAAGAAGGAUCUCGCUAAGCGCUUUCCCUUCCUCCCAUUGUAUUUCGUUCGCGCGGCCCAACUCGCAUCGUCGCUCGUCGUUUUCUUCAUUCUAUGGUACUUCCUUUGGGUCCUCCGCAAAGAUGGCGCCCCGAUACCAUGGACGUUCAUUCUUCUCCUCUCCAUCUCAGCGACCACAAUCACGGCCCUCUGGAUAACCUCAAUGCACCACUUCUUCUCGAACUGGCACCCCCACCUCAACACCUGGCUGAACGGCGCGCUCUUCGCGUGCUGGGCCGCCGGUUUCUCUUCCUUCGCGUGGUGGAGUCGCGGGACGUUGACGCAUGCAUGCGAUAAGCUCAAUUGGGGUAGCCAGAUGGGUGUGAAUAUAUGCCGAUGCUAUAAGACGCUUUUCAGUUUUGCUCUGAUAGCUCUAGUGAGUACAAUAGUAGCCGUAGGGCUCGACAGCUACGCGCUCUACCAGCGCAGGCAGUACGAAAAGGUGCAGCCGACGCUUCUUCCGCCACCGGCGCCGUACGCUUCCGACGGCAUGGCUUUGCUUGAUGAGUCGCUGAGGGGGUCUGAUGGGAGGAGUCGGAAAGCGGGAGGACUGAAGUAAAGGUCGGGGUGUUUAUUGAUUUGGUGGUUUGCGAGGAGGAACGGGGGCUAGGCUAUGGUGUAGUUUAUAAUGGUCUGCUUCUGAAAAACGUUUUAGAAAUGAUGUUAUGUUAUGAAUGGUCUGGUAGUGGAAUGCUAUUAGCUGUAUACAACGAUAGAUGACUCUGC